AUGCUUCUUGCUGGUAUAAUAAUACGUAAUACCGAUGUCUACAAUAUAUACGAUGUGAUCGGGCCGGACACGACCUCUAAGAUCAGGAUCUUCUGCUUGACCUUCAUCAUGGUACGUGCCGGUCUGCAGCUGACAACAACCGCUCUGAGGGCGCAUCCGAUGUUUGUGAUGAUUCUAUCACUUGUCCCGUGCACUAUCGAGAUGUUGGCUGUCACUGUCUUAUGCAAAUAUUUUCUUGAAUUCCCAUGGAAUUGGUCUUUCAUGACGGGAUCGAUUCUGGCCUGCAUGUCUCCUGUAAUAACGAUCAGCUGUAUGCUCACUUUAGCUGAACAGGGUUAUGGAGAAGAUAAAGGACUCCUCAGUUUGUUGUGUACUGCAGCGUCCAUUGACAGUGUUCACAUUGUGGCUUUGUUUUCUAUCUGGUUCUCUUUCGUUUUUAGCAACGGUAUACAGAAAUCGUAAGAAAAACAUGAUGAAAGAACAGAGUGGUGGUCCUAUAUCCCCGGCGGGAUUCGAGAUUUUCUUCUGGGACUUAUAGUAGGAAUUAUCUUGGGCUUUGCCCUGGUCUUUUUCCCUCAUCGCAAUCACGUGCGCAGUACUACUACCUUUUUAACAACGAUUCGAAUGCCUUUUACAUGGAAAGAACGACUCUUCAUCGCCAUAGCCUGGGUACCAAAAGGAACUGUGCAGGCAGCGUUAGCGCCGAUGGCAUUUGAACGUGCUAGAAAAGAAGGCGAUCCCACGAAAAUAGAAUUAGCUCUCGAUGUGGUGAGGAUAUCCGUAAUUACUAUAGUAUUUCUAGCGCCAUUCGGAGCAAUCAGUAUGACGGCUAGCGGUCCUUAUCUCCUAAACAAGAUUGAUAUCGAGGAACACCGAAGAGAGCGAGAAUUGAGCUAUUUGCGCAUCGUUGCUCUACAACCAGUUAGAAGACGUAGAAAAAGAAAAAAACCAGCUCAUAAUAUUAUUACGACUCUCUGA